CAUUACUGUCUUGCAAUGCAGCCUUUGGGGCCGACAUCGCUCGUCCCGGCCAUUCCGCGCCGUGGUCCUUUGGGGCUGAGCCAAAAAGCCGCAGUGCCAGUGCCUGGUGGCGUUUCCACCUGGCUGCCGUGUGCAGCCGUCCUUUGCGGAUGCUGGUGGCGAAGCCAUGAUGGCCGAGAUGCCUCUUCCAGGAAACGCAGCAAUGUCUCUGCGCAAUGCAAGGAGCGCCUCACACUUUGGAGGAAGGCAAAAGGAAAAGACUUUGAGAUACAGCCGAUUGAUGGAAAGGGGAUGGCAGCUGUGGCUCAGAGAGACAUCCCCAGAGGCGAUGCCAUUUUGGAGGAUCAGCCGUUGCUGACGAUUCCCUGUGAAGAGAUGGAACAUUUGAAAGAUUCCGAUAUUGAAGCCAUGAUACUGAAAUUGCCAAGAGACAAACAGGAGAGCUUUUGGGAUUUGUUCGAUGCAGAGAUCGAUGGCGCUGGCGCCAAGAGUCGUGUUCUGACCAACAGCUUCCCAGUCCCGCUGGAUGAUGAAGGCACUGAAGCCAUGGCGGUCUUCAACACGGUGGCCCGCUUUAAUCACAGCUGUGUGCCCAACGUGCACAAUAGCUGGAACAUGGAGACGAAGACGGAGACUCUCUAUGCAGUUCGUGACAUCGCCAAGGGCCAAGAGCUUUGCACGACAUAUCUCAAUCCCAACGAUCUCUACAGGCCGUCCCGGGAUCGCCGUGCCCUGCUGCAGCGCCUGAAGUUCACCUGCGGCUGCGAGGCCUGUCGUUUGGAGGGCGCCCAACGGCAGCGGAGCGAUGAGACGCGGCAAGAGCUGGGACAACUGGCGAGGCAGCUGGAGUCCGACAUGGCCGACGUGGAUGUGGUGCGGCAGCGGGUGAUGCGGAGUGUAAAGCUGAUCGAUCAGGAGAUGAAAGGCAAUCCCGCCUUGAAGUGUCGCAGCUACUCGGCCGCCUUCGAGCUGGCCGCGGAGCUGGGUGUUUUGGACCUGGCUUCGGAGAUGGCGCAGCGGGCGCUGGACAAUGUGCUCCUGGCCGAAGGCUAUGACUCACCAAGGGCCUUGAUGCUACAGCAGUGCGUGGACUUGUGCAAGCAAUACGUGCGCUGGAUCCUUUGCUACCCACAGGGCUUUAUGGCAGAACGGAAGUUCCCCCAGCGCUACUCCGGGGACUACUUCCGUGACACGCUGCCGGCGGACCUCUACGAGUUGGAACAGGCCGUGGUCGACGGCGAUGUCUUCACCGUGCGGAAGCUGCUGCAGGCGGGAGUGAAUCUGAAUGCGCCCUUGGAUAGCAACCACAUGACGGCCCUGAUGAUCGCCUGUAUGAUGGGCAAUUGGGAUUUGAUUCAGAUGAUGGUGGAAGAUUUCGAGGCCGAUUUGGACGGACCCCUUUCCCGAGCAGGCCUCCGAGCCAUCGACUAUGCCGGAUAUGAGGGCUUCAGAUUUCCCAGCGAGCAUCCCAUUUGUGAGUAUCUCAAGAGCAAGGGAUCACAGCACACUUGGUGGGGAGCUUGCUGUGCAGGCGACUUCAACCGCGUGAAGGAGUAUGUAGACAAUGGACAGGAUGUGGAUGAAGUGAAUCCAGUGCUUUGGAACGGCAAUGGCGUGUUCAUCGCAAAGGAGUUCGGACACAACCACAUCUCUCAGUACCUGCUGACCAAGGGUGGCACUGUGGUAGUCCGAAACUGCCACACCAUCGACACCCACGAGAUGAAAUGGUCCAUUGGUCGCGGCGAUGCCUUUGUCUACAAGGCUCUGAAAGUCGAGCGUCCUGGUGCAGGCGUGAUCGACAAUGCCUACAUGCCAGAGUGGCAGACGUGA